AUGGGUUGUACUCAAAGUGAAAUAUCUCCUCAAAAUGAAACUCCUAGAAAAGGAUGUACAGAUGUGUUAUGGCUUAUUAUUUACAUUUUGUUUUGGAUACUCAUGAUAAUCGUCGCUGCAAUAUCAUUUGUUUAUGGGAAUCCACUGAGAGUAAUCAAUGGCUUUGAUUCUUUCGGAAACACAUGUGGAGUAAAGAACAAUCAGAAAUUGAUGAAUUUCCCACUGGCUGGCAUAAGCACACUGGAUAAAAAAUACUUGUUCUUCAUGGAUGUUAAAGAGCUACAGAGGUCUCUUAAAAUAUGUGUUAAAGAAUGUCCAAAUAAGAGAAUGGACACAUUAGCAGAUAUUCAACAGUUUUAUAAAGAUACAGGAUCUAAUCUGUGUAGAUAUGAUAUAAACUUAAAUAAUAUUCGAAGAAAUCAGAUUCAACAUAACUUUAUUGGGCCUUGUCCUACAUUGCCUGUUUAUGAAUCAUUUCCACUUCUUAACAGAUGCUUUCCUAAGUCGGCACAUGAGUUAGCCACAAAAGUUUUCACAGACUUUUAUGAUCUACUCAAUAGUUGGGAUACUAUUGAACAGAUGCUCUCGGAUGUUUACUCCUCAUGGAAGGAAAUGAUAAUAUGUGUCAUUAUUGCAUUUAUUUGCUCUCUAAUCAUGGUUUCAAUUCUUCACUUGCUUGCUACCCUGGUAUCCUGGAUAUUCAUGAUAUUGGUAUCGAUUACUAGUAUUGUCGGUACAGGUUUGCUUUGGUACACGUAUCACGAAUUGAGGACAAAGCAAAAGAAUUUUGACAAUCAUACAUAUUUAUCUGAAUCUUUGAAGAACGAGAGUGCAUUCUUGUGGUAUUCCAUUAUCGCUACGAUAAUAACAGUAAUUUUACUUCUACUGGUGUUCGUGAUGCGGUCCCGCGUAUCAUUCCUAGCGGCACUGUUUAAGGAAACCGCUCAUUGCCUGGCCUCAAUUCCAUCGCUGUUUUUUCAGCCUAUAAUAACAUUUUUCUUCCUUGUAUUGUUCCUGACAUUUUGGUCAACUGUUGUGGUCUGUCUGGCAACAGCUAAUUAUCCUGGUAUUCCGUAUAAAACAAAUUUCUUUAUUAACGGUACGUUACCGCCUGAUGAAAUCGAUAAAGCCGCUAUAGAGGCGCAAGACAUCAAUAGGAGUGCUAAUUUUAAAACUUAUGCUUUGGAUACUAUCGAGUUCAACCCCAUGUGGGUUAAGAGUAUGUGGUGGAUUUGCCUCGUGUGCUUGAUAUGGGGCAGUGAAUUUAUACUUGGAUGUCAACAGAUGACCAUAGCAGGGGCCGUAUCACAUUGGUAUUUCAGAGGUCCGAACGCUCAUCCAUCACCAGUGCUGUACUCAAUUGGCAAGCUUGUAAAGUACCAUUUAGGAUCAGUCGCCAAAGGGUCAUUCCUGAUUACACUGUUCAAAAUACCUCGACUUAUCUUGACGUAUUUGCACGCCAAGUUAUCGGCCAGGGCAGAAAAGGGAUCAGAUUGCGCGAAAUGUGGUCUAAAAUGCGGUAUUUGUUGUUUUUACUGCCUUGAAAAAUUCAUUCGUUAUUUAAAUCAUAAUGCCUACACCAUCAUCACCAUUGAAAGGUGUCAUUUCUGCAAAGCAGCAGCUAAGGCAUUCGGCACAAUAGUAAACAAUGCCCUUCAAGUGGCGACAAUAAACAGUGUGGGCGACUUCAUACUGUUCCUGGGCAAGUGUAUAGUGACUGCAGUGACAGGAAGUAUUGGCCUACUACUUCUCAAACGCAACUCCGAUCUACACUUUUUUGCUGUACCAACUCUAGUGAUCUGCAUUUACUCAUUUUUCAUUGCGCAUUGUAUUCUUUCACUUUACGAGAUGGUAGUUGAUUCCUUAUUCCUUUGUGUGUGUGAGGAUCGAAAUAUGAACGGUGAUGACGGGAGGUGGAAAAAAUCUCGAUUGGCGGAACUCGGUGGCCAUAACGCAAAGAAUGGAAGGGACAAUGAAGAUGGAGCGGAACUGCAGGAUUUGCAAGACAAGUACUGGUGA